UUUGCCGCGUACAGCUAUUCUCAGACUGAGACCGAGGAUGAUUCAGAUAGCGGAACCGUCGCUCCCGCUAUGAUGUCAUUCCCGGCUCUCUCAAAGACUCCGCCAGGUUCCCAAAACUCAUGUGCUUAUCCUAGCUGAGCCACGGAGACCGUUCUCCACAAUGGGUUUCCCAUAUCACUACCAGCCAAUAAAAACUAUUUAUCUCGUAAUCGUUGUCCUCGGCGUCGUUGUUUCUAUCCUACCAUGGUUUCUCUGGUAUACACCCUCAUCCCAUCGACCUUCAGCCACUUGGCCGCUCUGGUUUACAGUCGCCGUUCAAAUUAUAAGGGUUUACGAAACCGUCAGUACUCAGACUGGGCUAUUCUCUGUUAUGAUAAAGGACGACAAGCCUCCGCCUUCGAACAAACAGCUCGAGAAGAAUGGAAAUGAGGCGCGAGUUGUUGAGAUUCCUGCCAUAAGCGACAAUGAAAUACGUGGGGUUCUCAAGGAGUGGAUGGAAAAAAAUGAAGUCGAUGUUGCCCCUGUUAUUGGGUAUUGGUGGGGUGAGCGUCUGGAGGGUGGACUGGGCGACCAUAAGCCUCAUCCUGGGGAGAAGGUCGUACUUCAUUUCCACGGAGGCGCAUACAUUAUGGGCUCAGCUCAGCCGAAAUCCUCAUUUAGCGCUCUACCUCGUAGUCUCCUAUCGCAUUGCUCAAAGCAACCUUUUCAUCCUGUCCGCCGUAUCCUUUCCAUCGAAUAUCGCCUCGCUCGCGCCCCUCCACAUCAUCCCAAGCUAUGUAAUUCAUUUCCAACCCAGGCACUAGACGCUCUUAGCGCGUAUCUCUAUCUCGUCAAUAUUGUCGGUUUUCAUCAAUCCAACAUCAUCCUCUCCGGUGACUCAGCAGGUGGAAAUAUUGCCCUUUGUCUUACUCGUUAUCUCCGAGACCUCGCCUCCGACCGACCCGCUAUAAAUGCUAGUUCUUCUGCAAAUCUUAUACCAGGGGCGAUCUUGCUGCAGAGCCCUUGGUGCGACGUCGGGUGCACGCACUGGCCUGACAAAUCUCCGUAUGGAGAAAACUGUUCUUUUGUGAGGAAUCGGAAGGCUGACAUAAUUAAACGCGGAACGGAUGCAACGCCAUCUGCUCAUGGGUCAAAGGCGUUUAGGGGCGUAACUAUGACGGAAGAAGAAGCUGCUCGGAAUCCCUAUGUUUCUCCUGGAUCUCUCGACCUUGCGUGGCGUCCACCUUCCCAAGCCGGCGAGGAUCCCAAAGCGAACCACUCGACAUCAUUGGAGCAAGAAGCAUGCUCAUUUGGGAAUUACCCGAGAGCUUAUUUUUCCAUAGGAGGAAAGGAGGUCUUGUAUGAUGAGGUGAUACUUACUGCUGAACGGAUUCGGAAAGACUGCGAGGAAGUCCAGGACAUAGAGGCCAUCGAAGAAGGGAGGAAGAGCGAGAAACGUGGUUCUUGGGUGACAGUUAGCGUGGAGCCAGAGAUGUUUCAUGAUUGGUGUCUUGUGGGCAUCUGCUGUCCUGCAGCGGAAAGGGAGCUGGAAAAGAUGGCGAAGUGGAUUUCGGGGUUGCCCAGGGAGGGCACACCUCAAGGGGACGAUAGGGAGUAGUUUAAUAUACGAUAUACGUAUCCAUAUCUUUAUUAUCAGUAUGGAGAAUGAGAGCUGUCAACCAACGA